UUGCAUUUCAAGUGCAAACAUUAGUUUUUGCAUUGUUGGUGCAUAAUAUUCAUGCACAUGGCUGGCCCUAAGCGAUGGUCACUUCGUACCCCAAGUGAUUGGGAAUCUGUACUCUACAUUACGGUGCAGCAUUUACACCGCAAGGGUAAUUUUUGUUGCAGAACUUCUUGAUUGUCAGCAGACUUCUUAUGAUAUCAUCAUGCAUCUGAACCCGUAUUUGCAUCGCGACCUCUCAGUCUUUGUGUCACCAUGGAGUCCGAUAGUUCUUCUGUCGCUUCUGCUUCCAUUAUUCGAUACGAAGACUAUUUUUUUGAACAAAACAUUGCACUGGAUUUAUCUGUAACUUCUGCUACGUUCAUCAUUUAUGGAGGGCUCCAUUCAGGUGUUUUUCUAUGCGGAAUUUCAUUCGAAACUUCUGAGUCUGAGUACUGCCGUGGGAUUCUAUUCUGCGUUAUCGCAAGUGCUACAACUAGAGGAAGCUGGUUCGAGCGCCGAGGUCGUCCAUCUGUCUGUAGCAUCGAAUGCGGAACUUCCGGAGGCCCGGACUUCACUAUGUCAGCGCGCUGAUGAACUUUAUGAUCUCAUCAGCCUGCAUUUGUCGCCUUCCUCAGAUUCCCUGCCACCGAAAUGUACACACGUGCAGUGUGGAUCGCAGAUACGUAUCGGUGUAGAGGGCACAAAGUAUAGAUUUUGCUUCUGUGGGCGUUUCGUUCCGUUGGUAUACACUGAGCAUACCUGCAAGUGUGAUCAUAUUCUCAGAGAUCCGACAGUUCCCAAAAUUGAAACUGCUGGGGUCUCGGAUCUGGAAGACGGUGAUCGCGGCGAGUCCGAUUCUGACCUAUAAUCGCUAGAUCCUUCAAUUGGUCCUCUGUGCUACCUUACCAUCUCUUUUCCAUUUUAUAUUUAUAUAUGCUUUUGUAUUGAAUACAUUUUUCUUUUAUUUUUUACAAUUUUAUAUGUUGGCCUAACGGCAUAGUUAACUCUGUUUUCUCUUAUGUUCUGUUGUUUGAUUCUAUGUCGUUAGUUUGAAGAUGUGUCUGUUUUUAAUUUUGCCUUCACCCUUAUAAUUUGAAUCCAAUUUUCUGAUGUUUUGACAAUUCUUAUUAGAAUUUUGCAAUUUUUAGUUGAAUUUCCUCAUUUAAAUUAUAAAUAUAUGUAUGUGUAUUAUUACAUGCUCUUAGUGUGAAAUUGCUAUAAUUAG